AUGCCCGAACCCGCCAAGUCUGCGCCCAAGAAGGGCUCCAAGAAAGCGGUCACCAAGACGGCCGGUAAAGGAGGUAAGAAGAAGAGAAGGACCAGGAAGGAGAGCUACGCCAUCUACGUGUACAAGGUGCUGAAGCAGGUCCACCCCGACACCGGGAUCUCCUCCAAGGCCAUGAGCAUCAUGAACUCCUUCGUCAACGACAUCUUUGAGCGCAUCGCCUCCGAGGCCUCCCGUCUGGCUCACUACAACAAGAGAUCCACCAUCACCUCCAGGGAGAUCCAGACCGCUGUGCGCCUCCUGCUGCCCGGUGAGCUGGCCAAGCACGCCGUGUCCGAGGGAACCAAGGCUGUGACCAAAUACACCAGCUCCAAGUAACCAGCUCUGCUGCUGAUGCUCCAACCCAACGGCUCUUUUAAGAGCCACUCACUGCAUCUGGAGAGCUUUGAUCAUGACUGCUAUAUUUUUACAGAACAAAGAAAUAGUGGAAAUGAUUUCAAGAAGGUGAG